AUGACGGCCACCCUCUACCACCGUCCCCGCUCGCGCUCGCCCCUGGAAGACGAGGAUCUGCUCUCCGAGAUCCUCCUCCGCCUCCCGCCGCAGCCGUCCUCCCUCCCCCGCGCAUCCGCCGUCUGCAAGCGCUGGCGCCGCCUCGUCUCCGACAGCGGCUUCCUCCGGCGCUACCGCCAACACCACCGCCGCAGCCCUCCGCUCCUCGGUUUCUUCCGCAGCGACUAUCCGGGCAUCUCCUACACGCCUGCCAUGGAGGCCCCCGACCGUGUCCCCGCCAGUCGCUUCUCCUUGCAUCUCAAUGACAGGUACAUUAUCCUCAGCUGCCGCCAUGGCCUCGUGCUCAUCUCCCACUCGUCGCGGAACCAGGUCCUGGUAUGGGACCCCGUCACCGGCGACCAGCACCGCGUUGCUGCUCCCCUAGGGAUCGACAUGACCACUACCCCGAUGGACGGGCAGGUGCUUCGCGCUGCCGCCGACGCCCAACACUUCCAGGUGGUAUUGGUAAACUACAAGAAGAAAUAUGCACGAGCAAUCGCCGCCAUUUACUCGUCGGAGACCGGUGUAUGGAGUAAUCUCAUCCAAACACCGGUUCCACGUGAGGCCAUGGAAUAUGAAUCCAUGCCCCCUGUGCUGGUCGGGGAUUCUCUUUACAUCUUGCUCCCUGGGGAUAGUACAAGUGUAAUUCUCGAGGUUGAUUUGGAUAGCCAGAGCCUAGCUGUGUCAGGUCUGCCAAUGGAUACCUUUGCCAAAGAUCAAUUCUUGAUGGUUAUGCGAGCAGAGGGUGGCGGGCUGGGCGUACUCUCCCUGACAGGAUUCGCCGCCGAGUUAUGGAAGAGGAAUACUAACUGUGAUGGUGUUGCUUCAUGGGUGCUGGGACGAACUUUUGAACUGGAUAAGCUACUUCCCUUGAAUUCAGAGAAUAUAAGGCACACAGCGAUGGUAGCUUAUGCUGAGGAAAACAAUGUGGCUUUCUUGCGGACAUUUGACAGUAUCUUCAUGGUCCAGCUUGAGUCAUUGCAGUUCAGUAAACUUCCUGAAAACAGUAAUUGUGAUAUCUGUUAUCCAUUAGAAAGUGUCUAUGCUGCAGAAACAAGCAUUGGUGGUGGACAUGAUGGAGCUGAUCAAAAUAUGCUGAAUCAAUGAUAUACUGGAUGAGCAGGAAAGCUUAUCAUCUGAAUGUAUCUAGAGUUACAAUCUGGUGGCUGAGAUGCAGAAGGGGCUUGCUGCGACCCGCGAGGAAAAUCCACCCUCUAUGUAGGAAGCACUAGUCAGACCUGAAGUGGGCUUAUAGGAAUUAAUCGCUUAUUUUGAUCAACCUGGCUUGUUAUCUACUUUCUGUAGUCAAUUGACCAACUGGCAUGAAUACAUAACAGGCUUGCUACAAGUAAUUAGUAUGUA